GCUGCCACAAACACACAAAGAGAGAACAAAAUGAAGACCAGAUGUAUUUCAGGCAUGUUAUCUCUUUGACACUGCAGAAUCCAGGAGAGACGUAAAACGAGCAGAAAAACAAGUUUAGCGAAGUAUGUCAGGAAGACGUGAAGAAACACAGAGGGGCAGUCAAAGUGGAGCGGCUGUUUUCUUCUCCAAUCCUCUGAUGAGUGACGUUGAAGCAGACUGGUCUCCAAUUCAUGAUGCUGCAUUUAAUGGACGCGUCCUUAACCUGCAGAGGCUCAUUGCUCAGGGUGCAUGUGUGAACCUGAGCACGCUGGACCACGUCUCCGCCCUCCACGGAGCAUGUAUGCAGGGCCAUGCAGCCUGCGCUAAGCUUCUGCUGCAAAAUGGUGCUGAUGUCAACAACGUGACGUUAAACGGACAAACGGCGCUGUCGGAAGCAUGCACCCGAGGUCAUGUGACUUGUGUAUCGCUGCUCCUUCAACAUGGAGCGAGCACAUUGGGGAGCAACCCAGCCAGCUCCCCAAUGCACAUGGCUGCAGCCAAAGGUUACCCGGAAUGUAUCGAGUCCCUUGCAGAGCAUGGCGCUGACCUGGAUCAUACCAUCGACCAAUCAGGCGCUCCUCUCCAUGUAGCGUGCUCCAAUCAGCAGCUGACUACUAUUAAGAAACUGCUUCAACUUGGUGCUAGUGCAAACAGUCAUGAUUUAGGUGACUCACCCCUACAUAUCGCGGCUCGUCUGUCCAGUCCAGAGAUGGUCUCCGUCCUGCUCAACCACGGGGCAGACGCCUCCCUACGGAACCUGGAGGGCAAACAACCUCUGGACCUGGCACCCCCAAAUAGUGUGGUAGAGAGGCUGCUCAGACAAAGUGGAGGGGUGCCCCCGCUGAUGCAGCUGUGCCGCCUGCACGUCAGGAGGACUUUAGGCAAGCAAAGGCUGGUUAGGAUUUAUGACCUUCACCUCCCCACAGAACUCAAAAUCUACCUUCUCCACCUGUCACGCCACAGUUGGCCAACAGAGGGAGUGCUAACAUAAUAAAUGAUGCUGUUUGAACCGA